AUGCCCGACUUACUUCUUCCACCCCCUUACCCGCCCACUCAACCCCUCUGGUGCUGGCGGCUGGCGCUGGUGCUGGUUCCUGUGCUGGCGGCUGGCGCUGGUGCUGGUUCCUGGUGCUGGCGGCUGGCGCUGGUGCUGGUUCCUGGUGCUGGCGGCUGGCGCUGGUGCUGGUUCCUGGUGCUGGCGGCUGGCGCUGGUGCUGGUUCCUGGUGCUGGCGGCUGGCGCUGGUGCUGGUUCCUGGUGCUGGUGCUGGUGCUGGUGCUGGUUCCUGGUGCUGGCGGCUGGUGCUGGUGCUGGUUCCUGGUGCUGGCGGCUGGCGCUGGUGCUGGUUCCUGGUGCUGGCGGCUGGCGCUGGUGCUGGUUCCUGGUGCUGGCGACUAGUGCUAGUGCUGGUUCCUGGUGUUGGCGCUGGUGCUGGUGCUGGUUCUUGGUGCUGGCGGCUGGCGCUGGUGCUGGUUCCUGGUGCUGGCGGCUGGCGCUUGUGCUGGUUCCUGGUGCUCGCUCUUGACAGCCGCCCACCACCCCUUUCCCCCACUCCUUCCCCCCCCUCACAUGAGCCGCCAACCCCUCCACGCCACUCCCGCCAUUCCCGCCGCCGCCCCACCGUCCGCCACACCCACCACCGUGCAACACGGCAUAGGCAGGCGCGGUAG